CAGUGCAGAUCCACCCGGAAGUUGCGCGCUGCUGCUGCUAAUUGCUGCCGGCUUCUUCACUCUGUUAUGCACAGCAGACGAGCGUAAAGACAGCAGGUCACGGGAAAAUAUAGGUAUUUCUUCAUCACACUCCAUUCCAGUUUGAGUAGGUAAUGCGCCUUAAGCUGGUUUGCUAACCGUCAUUAAAUAAAAUUAGAAGAAGAAGAAGAUAAAGAUGAAGAAGAAGAAAUACACGAGGUACGUACUUGCGGGACAUGAAACAGAUGGGCAAAUGGGAACAAAGGAAAACUUUGAGUGAGGGACUUGGGACACUGCCAUUUCAUGUUGUACAAUAUGGAGCAGGUGUGGUCAGCUGUGCAGGUAUGUCUAGAUAUGGCAUUUAAAGGUGAAGAGGGGGUCUCAGGUCAAGUGUGUGAUGAGGAGGAAAAGAAUAACCUCACACUGCACAAGAGCCUCGUCUCUGUGCCUACCAUGGAGAAAAGACGUGUGAACAUUAAGGAAGAGGACUGUGAGUGGGAGUCUGCUUACUUACAGCAGGACCACUUUGGCAUUAAGGAGGAGGAGAACUGUGAAAGAGUAGUCUGUGACAUUAAAGAAGACACUGAACCAGCUUCUGACAUCACCAAUAUUCAGAGAAAUGAAACUAUCAGUGGCAUAAAGAAAGAAAACCUUAAAUCAGAGUCGGACUCUCUGUGUUUCUAUCCCGAUGAAAAGGCUCGUGGAUUAGGCUUGACACCCAGUAGUCUGUGCUCCCUGCAACAUCAUCUGAAGGCUGAAUCUUUGGAAUCUGAAUUGAAGACUACAAACGCAUUGAGGGAUAUCCAUCAUGAAGAUGAUUUCAUAAAGAGUGGUAGCUGCUUAUUGUCAUUGGAUCAGACAUCUCUAAAGUGCAUACCACAACAGACACCACAUGGAAAAAAUGUGAAGAAGUCAACAAGUGGAUCAGAGAGUUUGAUAUCAACCUCUUUGCAGGAUAGCUCUCUGCUUGGUGAUGGAAUUGACACUCAAUUACAGGGACUCCAUACAAAUUCUUCAACUUCAUUUGUCUGUGAAAAGCAGAAGGAACAAUUUAAAAGUGAAUCAAAAUGCAAGAAGAGUCAGAAUAGACACAAACUAUAUAGCUGUUCUGAAUGUGGCAAACAAUUCUCACAAAUGAGUAGUUUACAGAAACACAUGCAAAUUCACACUGGAGAGAGGCCAUAUUCUUGUCCUGAAUGUGAGAAGCGAUUCUCCACCAAUUGGCAUCUUCAGAUCCACACAAGAGUUCACACUGGAGAAAAGCCAUACUGUUGUUCCUUCUGUAGAAAACAAUUUUCCAAUAGAAGCCAUCUUCGAAGACAUAUAAGAAUCCACACUGGAGAAAAGCCAUAUUGCUGUUCAGACUGUGGCAAACAAUUCUCUGAUAGGGGUCAUCUUCGGACCCAUAUAAAUGUUCACAAUGGAGAGAAACAGUAUUGCUGUUCUGAAUGUGGCAAACAAUAUUUCCACAGCAGCAGUCUUCAGACCCACAUGCGAAUUCAUAUUGGAGAGAAGUCGUAUCAGUGUUCUGAAUGUGGGAAAGGAUUCUACACCAGUGAGCUUCUUAGGUCCCACACAAGAAUUCACAGUGGAGAGAAGCCAUAUUGUUGUUCUGAAUGUGGGAAACAGUUCUCCGAUAGGAGCAGUCUUCGGAGACAUGAACAGAUUCACACUAGAAGCAAAACUUAUUGCUGUUCCAAAUGUGGCAAAACAUACUUGCACAUGAGCAGUCUUCGGAAGCAUGCAAGAAUUCACACUGGAGAGAAGCCAUAUUUCUGUUCUGAAUGUGGCAAACAGUUUUCGGACAGUGCAUAUUUUCAGAGACACACAAGAAGUCAUAAUCAAGAGAAGCCAUAUCUCUGUUCUGAGUGUGGUAAGCGAUUCUCGCACAAGAGCAUUCUCCAGGGCCACAUAAGAAUUCACACAGGUGAAAAGCCAUUUUGUUGUUCUGAAUGUGGCAAAGGAUUCUCCAUCAAUGGGCAUCUUGAAGUCCACUUAAGGAUUCAUACAGGUGAGAAGCCUUAUUGUUGUUCUGAAUGUGGGAAACGAUUUUCUGAUAAAAGCAGCCUUCGGAGACAUAUGAAAAUUCACACAGGAAAGAAGUUUCAUUGCUGUUCUGAGUGUGGCAAAAGAUUCUUGCACAAGAGUCAUCUUCAGAGCCACACAAGAAUUCAUUCUAGAGAGAGGCCGUUUUCUUGUUCUGAAUGUGGCAAACAAUUCUUAACAAGCAGCAGUCUGCAGAAACACACAAGAAUUCACACUGGGGAGAAACCAUAUCACUGUUCCGAAAUGCAACAAACAAUUGUCUGACAGGAGCAGUCUUCAGAUACAUACAAGAAUGUACACUGGGGAGAAACCAUUUCAUUGAUAACAAUUUUUCAACAACUGUACACUCAAGAAUUCACAGUGGAGAGAGGCCAUAUUGCUAUUCAGUAUGUGACAAAGGGAUUCUCUGAUAAAAAAUAGUCUUUGAAAACCAUUUAAUAAUUUGUACUGAGAAGCAGGAAAAUUAAAUGAAAAGAUGGCACAAGUUGUUCCUUUUAGGAUUUAAUUACAACUAAUAGUUAUACACAUGAGAACAUGAAGCUAACAAUGGUAAACAAGAACAUGCAAUUGAUAUUAAAGGGAUAUAAAUGGACAGAUUGAGAACAAUGUAUUUAUUAAAAACAUAUAAAUAGACAAUGGUUUCAGAUAGUAUUCAGACCCCUUAACUUUCUGCGCACUUUAUUAUGUUUCACAUUUAAUUUUGAAUUAUUAAAUUUGCUUUUUAUGCCCAUUGAUCUCUACUCCGUUACCAUAAUGACAAAGAUAAAGGUUUUCAGAUUUGUUAAGAGUCAAAAACUGAUUUAAUUCAUUCAUAUAUAUUUUCAGACCCUUAACAAAGUACUUUGUAGGAGCCCCUUUAACAGCAAUUACAACUUUGAAUCUCCUUGGGUAAGUCUCUGUAAGCUUUGCCCAUCUGGAUUAGGGCAGUUUAUUACUUUUUUUUCAUUCUGGCAGAUUCUUUCAAACUCCAUUAGAUUGUAAGAGAUGGGGUUGCAAGCUGGCAUCUUCAGGUCUCUCCUCACAAGUUCUGGGCUUUGACUGAGCCACUUAAUGACAGCCAGUGACUUGAGCCAAAUCAAUUCCAGUGUUUUUCACGGCCGUUUGCUUUGGGUCAUUGUUGUGCUGAAAGGUCUGAGAUUGUGUGCACUCUGGGGCAGCUUUCUUCUAAAGACCUCUCUGUGUUUGGUCACAUUCACCCUUCCCUCAAAUCUGAACAGUCUGCCUGCCACUGAGAAGCACCCCUAUAACUUGAUGCUGCCACCACCAGAGUAGAGAUGGUAUUAGGCAGGUGAGGAGCAGUCGAGUGUGUGGAGUUCUGCCCAGACAGUUCAACAUUUGUUUAAUCAGACCAAAGAAUCUCUUUCUUCAUAAUGUUGUUUGACAAACUUCGAGCUUGCUGUUAUGGGUGCCUUAUUAAUGGAGUGCUGCUGAGACGGUCAUCAUUCUGGCAGGUUCUCCGAUCUUCCACAGGACUUCUGAAGCUCUUUUAGAAUGAACACUGGGUUCUUCGUCACCUCCCUGACCAAGGCCCUUCUUGCUCGGUUACUCAGUUUGUCAAGGUGGCCAACUCUAAGAACAUUUAUGGUGGGUCUAAAUUACUUCCAUUGUAAAUUAUUGAGGACAUUGGGAACAUAAUCUUUAGAAAUGUUUUUAUUCCAUUGCCCUAAUUGUGUCAUCACCACAAUUUGAUCACAGACGUUUAAAAGAGAGGUCCUUUUCAAUCAAUCAAUUCAGUUUGCGACAAGCGGACUCUUGUCAAAUUCUACAUGAGCACAAUUUGAAGUGAAGGAGCAGAAGCUCUGAGUACUUAUACAAGUGAGAGGUUCCAGUUUUUGAUUUUUAGUAAAUUUUCAAAUCUUUCUGAAAACCUACUUUCAUUUUGGGUUAUUGAGU